GCUUCCUUUGCGAUGAUGUGUUUGGUGUCUGGUCUUGGUAUCCUUAUAUUGAUCUUUAUACCGGGAGAUCUUAUAUUCGUUUAUCUUAGAAACAAACGCAAUAAGCGUCUUCUUAAAGAAAUCAUGGAAAAGGGCACUCAACCUGAUGUGGACGUUUCAGAAGACGAUCUUGUUCUUCGGCCUGAAACUAUUAAACACCUUAAGAAAAUUCUUCAGCCUUACGAAAGACAAUCGUUUUAUCAUUUGGUUUAUGAUGAACAUGGAACCGGGAAAAAUACAUUGAUCAGAAUUUCAUCGAGAGAAGUUGGACGUGGCGUCAUAGAUGUUGAUGUUCCUGCAAGUUUAGAUCUAACCAAGUUUGGGGACGCAUUUGGAAAGACCCUUAACUUCACAUUUGAAGAACAUAUCUCUCACACAAAACAACCGAUUCGGAAAAUAUUUAAUAAAACUGUAGACACAUUAAGUAAAUGGGAGAGAGCUUUAGAUGUUUUUAAGCGUGAAGCUGAAAUAAUCCUUGAUGUUCUUCAGGACGACGCAAAGGAUAAUGCCGCCGACAGAAAAUAUGUCGCCGUGUUUGUCAUGAUAGAAAUUGGCGAUCUCAGUAAAAGGAAUCAUCUGAUAAAUAAGCGCAAUAUCAAAGGAGAUGCAAAAAAAUUUUAUGAAUUGGUUGGCGGGCGAAUUAUGGAUCUAAAGAUUGUGGCAGACAAAUUUAUAGAUGGACAAUCUCCUGAAGACAUUAAAAAUUCGAUUCUAAAUGAAAUUGAGAAGAAAUUCAACACUGCCCGACUUCUCCGAAAGCAAUUGCAUCAUGAAAUAGGAAAACGCGUCAUCCAUGCGCUAUUAGGCUCUAAAAACAAAGAGCUUAAAUUUACAACAUUUAUGAAAUAUUUCAAUAAUUAUAAAGAAGCAAAUGAAGUACUAGAAAAUAACGUAUUUUCAUAUCAUCCGGAAAAUAAUGUUUUUACAUUUCAGUACCAAUCAUCAGAAUCCUACAUUCGGGAAAACACUGACAUAUUCGUUAACCUAAUUGAUCUCACACCCCAAGAAGUGACAUCCUCCAAUCAAACGACUAAGUAA